AGAACACGGGCUGUCAUGAUAGGUACAUCGCCCUCCCUGUCUGCCUCUAUAGCGAUCAUCUUGAUUCAUACAAAUAUCACUCAGGCUACAUAUAUUGGAUGCAGUUUGCCAGAGUCGUUUGAUGGGUCUUGUGACAAGGAUGUGUUUCCUAAAACCGACUCCGUUACCAAGAGUGUUCUUCCAGGAACCAAAUGUAGAUUUCCAGGAACCAUGCGAGUCAUGCUAUGUAACGAAGAUACCACGUGGACACACGCACACGACGACCUGAAACACAAUGCUAUAACCAGACACAAACGUCAAAUCCAGUAUGUAGCGCCAAUAAUGGGGGCAGUAACUGGACUAAUUACAGGAAUAGCACAAGCCGUCUGCAUGUUUGUUUGCGAAAAGAGCUCCCCGCCAAACACACCUCCAACGAUCACGUGUCCACGAGUGAGUGAUGUGACAGCAGAGACAGGUGCGACGACAGCACAUGUGACUUGGUCUCCACCUACUGCUACAGAUCCAGAAGAUGGCAGCAAAGGAGUGCAACAGAUAAUGGGAAAAGAUCCUGGAAGUGUGUUUGACGAAGGUACCCAUUUCAUACAAUACAAGACCGUGGACAAAGGAGGGCUUUCUGCAUCUUGUAGCAUACAAUUCACAGUAAAAGUGCAACGAUGCUCCCCGAUCCACUGGCCGAGCACAGGGCGAGUGGAGUGCGACAAGAGAGAGAUCUCUGGGUCAACCUGUAAGCUGUACUGCGAUGAGGGAUACGAGGCAGAUAAUGUGACUGAGUCAGUCUGUGACAAGGAGAAAUGGAGUGCUACUUUCGAGUGUACAGAAAAGGAGUGUCCGACAAUACCAAAUGUGACGAACGGAAAUGUCUAUUGCAUGGGGAAUCCGCCAACAUUCAAGACUUUGUGUACACUAUCUUGCAAAAGGGGUUUCUCAAUUGAAGGACCAUCAAUGGUCAUUUGCAACAAGAAGGGAGAGUUCUCACUACCUGGAAAAUGCAUAGAUACAAAACCACCAGAGUUUGUUGAUGGUUGUCCCCUUGACGUUGAAAAGUAUGCUGAGAAAAAAGGUGGUGCAAGGAUGGUUCAUUGGGCAGACCCAGCAACCAAGGACAACUCUGGAGUAGCCCCAACAGUGAAGAGCACUCCGUCUUCCGGGUCUGUCUUCUCUCCUGGUCGAACUCCUGUCCGUGUUGUUGCUACUGAUCAAGACGGAAACACAGCAUCUUGCAGCUUCACAGUUAAAAUCCAAAGUCUUGUUUGUGACGACCCCAAAUUAGACAAGUCUGGAAGAGAUCUUCUGUUGUACUCAUGUUCUGAUGGCAUGACCUAUGGAGACACCUGCACAAUGUCCUGCAAGUCUGGCUACCCAUUGGAGGGUUCAAGCAGGAUUUUGUGCGAUGAAAGACCUGGUUCUGAACGCCCCCAAGAGUUCACUGGACAUGGCCAGCUGAUACUAUUGAACCCUACUGUAAAAGUGAGUAAUAGAGUCAACAACUGCCCGGACCUCAGGCAACCUUUGAAUGGCGCCCUAGCAUGUGAUCGAUGGAAUCAUGGGAAGAUGUGCCAGAUGCAGUGUAAUGAGAAGUUCGAUGUGCCGAGAAAAGUGCCCGCCCAGUAUGUUUGUGGAGAAUCAGACGGAACUUGGCGCCCCAGUGACGACAUUCAGGACUGUACUGUGAAGCGACGCCCUGGAUCCAUGAUGAUGCCAUCCGAGCUGUAUUACUACAGUGGUAACUGUCCUGAUGCCACAGCAAACCAACAGAUUAGGGAGAACUUCAUCAAGAUGCUCAAGGCCAAUCCUUUGUUCAAGGAAGAAUGUGGUGGAACUGUCCCAGACUGCAGGGCCGAGUUCGUCAGCGUGAAAUGCGGUAAAACAUCUCGCCGUAAACGUGCCGCCAAAGUCAACGUCAGAGUUGAAUUUAACGUCAUAUUGCCAUACAGAGAGAACGGGCAAAACUCCAGCGUUACCGUCAAGUCAUGCGAAGCUUCAUUCGACAGAAUCAAGGCUGCAAUAGAUAAUGCUGUUCAGUCUAAAAGCCUCGAUGUUGGAGUUCCAGGGCUAGAACUGCAGGAUGAUUCCUUUGCUCCUGGCAUUCCAAAUUUUCUCUGUGGGAAGGGCAUGAUAGCAAAUUAUCGCACUGCUUCGUGUGCCGGUUGUCCAUCUGGAACGAUGUUCAACGAAACUUCCAACGAUUGCACUGAUUGUCCCUUAGGAUCAUACCAAGAUAGUGGGUUUGCUUCAACAUGUUUGAGGUGCCCAGAUGGCUUUUCCACGAGGUCCACAGGAAGCAGAAAGAAGGAAGACUGUUUAGCUAUGUGUCAAGCAGGGCAGUCUUCUCGGUCCGGUCUUUUACCAUGCAACCCCUGUCCUGUUGGGACCUAUCAAGACAUUCGUGGUAUGACAUUAUGUAAAUCGUGUCCAGUGGGCCAGUCAACACUGAAUCAGGGUACAAACAGCAUCACAAAUUGUGUAGAUUUCGAUAUCUCUGUCAACAAAUCUACGUUAGGCGAUUUUGGAACAAUUAAGGGUGAUUUCACGUCCCUAUCGGUGUAUUUCUGGAUAAAGAUACAUGGAAAUGGUAGCUCGAAGGUGAAGAUUUCCGACGGGCAUGGUGGUGAAAGCUUCAAUGUCAACAUUGCGGAUACAAUUACGGUUGGAAUAGGAAGUGACUCAGUCGAUUCAGGUCUGUCUGUGAGGAAAAAUGACUGGAUGCACAUUAUAACAACAGCUGACACAAGCACGAAAACGGUCACUGUUUUUACUGACGGCAAACAGGCGUUCUCGAAAGUUCUUUCCAGCAUUGCUUCACCAAUGGUCUUAAACGGAAGUACUGUCUCAUUGACCUCCGACACAAAAGUUACCAUCAGUAGCCUCAACAUUGUUGGACGGAUUUUGACCGGAGGUGAGGUGGGGGAGGUCAGUUCCGGGUGUGGCGUUCAUGUACGCGACUCUUCCAUGGAGGCCAACGCCGAGGGAUUAAUUGUACCCAGCACUUGUGAUUCUAUUAAUGAAUGUCUGUCGAGUCCUUGUGGCAACCACACCUGUGUGAACGAGGUGGGCAGGUACAGGUGUGACUGUGCACAUGGGUACUCUGGACGACAGUGUGAGGUAGCUCCUGACCACUGUCGACAUCACAGCUGUCAACACGGGGCCAGGUGUGUCAACAACUACUCCAAAUACACAUGCGUCUGCGGACAGGGGUACCGGGGACAACUAUGUGAAGAGGUUAUAGUUAACGGUGGGUGGAGUUUAUGGUCCGACUGGGGUGAAUGUAGCGUGACCUGUGGGGGAGGAGUGAUGACCCGGAACCGGAAGUGUAACAGUCCCUCACCUGACCCAGAUGGAAGACCGUGUGCAGGAAGUGACACCUUGUCCGAAAAUUGUAAUGCACAUGAGUGUCCAGCUUGUAGUCACCUGCCGAGGUCAUACGGUGUCCAGACUCACUGCAACACGACUGCCGACCUGAUCCAGUGUUCCAUCUCGUGUCGGGAUGAUCUGAUGUUCAUCAAGCCGGUGCUGCCGCUGUACGAGUGUGGAAGGGAGACCAACUAUAUGUGGACCCACCAAACAGAGGACAACCCCCAUGCAAGGCUGCCAGCCUGCUCUGCUGUAUCAAGUGCCCGUGGCUUCACCAUCCAACACCAGAUGGAGUACCCAUCUCUAGCCUGUGACAGCAGUGAACAAACCAAGUCCUCUCUGACAACACAGCUCCUUGCCAAGACAAACACUCUGAAUUGCACGAAGGACAACUCAUGCCAGAUUCGGGUGGAAUUCUGUCCCGGCACCACCAGAAGAAAGCGUUCCACUGGUGCCCCUGUGGCCAUUGUGAUGACGUCAAACACCGACAGUCUUAAUCCCAUGAACAUAUCGCUCGUAUUCAGAGAUAAAUCGCGUUCCGGGCAGCUGAAGACAUACUUCACUGAUGUGUCCACGUUCGAGAUAUCCGCCCAGCAGCUGGUCAACAACAGCAAUACGAUAUUCACAGUGACCCUGGGAGGCAGGACGUACACGGUGGAUCCCAACAGUGGAACCACGGAUGUGCACAUCAACUGCCCACCUGGAACUGUGCCUACAGAAGCUGCUGGGCUUUGUGGUGAAUGUCCUGCUGGGACGAGAGAGGACAACAGCGUGUGUGUCCUGUGCGGGAAAGGUUCCUACCAAGACCGUCCUGCCAGCGUCGCAUGUACCCUAUGUCCGUCAGGAACGACAACUCCAGGUUUAGGAGCAACAUCUGCAAGUGAUUGCAGUACAGAUGGUGGCCAUUCUCCUCCUGAUUCUGCUGCAGAUGAUUCCCCAAACACUGCACUGGUUAUAGUGCUUCCUACACUGUCUGCUCUGGUGUUGAUCAUCGUGGUGAUUGUGGUGCCUUUCAAAGUUAAAGGCACCAAGGUGAAGAGAAGCGGCAGCGCUCUUUGGCCCAAGAAAUACAAGGCAGACUGUUCUCCUAGUCCUCCACCAUACACUCCCGGGAACAUACUUGACGACACAUGCAACAUAGGUGCUCCUUGGUAUCCCCUUCAAACGGCCCAGUCACCGCCGGACUCAAGCAUGUCUCCUGUGAAGAUUCCCCCACAGUCGGAUGUGACAACUGAGUAGGUCCCACACAGAGAGGUGAUUUCACAAUUAACUAGUGUUGUAACCGUCAUAAUGUACAGAAGUGUGUAUGUCUGUAGAUAUAGAUGUAAACAAAUUAUUUGGGUGCAGUUAAUCUGGUUAGUGACAUAUCACGAAUCUGUUUAAGUUACAAUGUGUUCUUUUGUCUCUGUGUGUUUCUCUCUAUAUAUACUAUUUUGUUUUCAUGGACGUGUAAUGCAGUGUAUAAUAUUGUUGUAAGUUAUUAUGAUGAUCCAAGUGAGGUAGCACAUAUAGAUGUGUAGGUUUGGGUGAGUGAGUGUUUAUAUAAAAUGCUAGUUUUAGUCCGUUAUUGCACAUCAGUCGAUUAAGGGUGUUAGAUAAACUGUGAUCAUAACUUG